AUGGACACUUUUGCUGCUGGAAUUCAUGACUUACCUGGACUUCCAGCUGGAGUAAAGUUUGAUCCUACUGAUCAAGAGAUUCUUGAGCAUUUGGAAGCUAAGGUGCGUUCUGAUAUUCACAAGCUUCAUCCGUUAAUUGAUGAGUUCAUCCCUACUCUUGAAGGGGAGAAUGGAAUCUGCUGUACCCAUCCAGAGAAGUUACCAGGAGUUAGCAAAGAUGGGUUGAUCCGACAUUUCUUUCACAGGCCUUCGAAAGCAUACACGACAGGAACAAGGAAAAGGAGAAAGGUGCACACAGAUGCUGAUGGCAGUGAGACACGGUGGCACAAAACAGGUAAGACUAGGCCAGUAUACAUCAGUGGGAAGUUAAAAGGGUACAAGAAAAUUCUUGUGCUUUACACCAAUUACAGAAAACAAAGGAAGCCUGAGAAGACAAACUGGGUGAUGCACCAGUACCACCUUGGCAAUAAUGAAGAGGAGAAGGAAGGAGAAUUGGUGGUCUCCAAAGUUUUCUAUCAGACACAGCCUAGACAAUGUGGUUCACUCAUGAAAGACUCAUAUCCUGCUAAACUAAACGGUGAAAGUGUGCAUGAGGUAACUAAUCAUAAAAGCACUGGGUUUGUUGAAUUCUACAAUAAUUCUUUUGUAUCCUUUGAUCAAGGGGACCAGCAUAGGCCUAGCAGUGCACAACUAGUCACCCAUUUCCCUGUUCAUGAUGGUGCUACUUUCAUUCCUUGAAAGAAGUGGUGGAAGAGGGAGAAAAGUGAGAUGCUAUUCAUGGAAGGAGAAGAAACAUUACAAUUGUAUUCUGCAGUGAAGAAAUAAGUUAAUAACCAACUAUAUAAGUACAGUUAGGAGGGGAAAAGAGGGGACGGAAUAAGGAGAAACUGCUUCAUCUGAAAGCUAGUGAUCAGAUACUUCAAUUGAGGAAGAAAAAAGCGGGUGUGGAGACCAAAGUAAACAAAAAGCCAAAACUAUUUGGCUGUAACUUUGUUUACUUUCUUUUAUUCUUUUACAAUUUUUGAAGGUUAGCUGCUAUCAUGCUUUGUGCAGUGACACGAAAAAAUAUCUGAAUUGUCCUAUACUUGGGUAAAUACUAACCAUCAAUCUGUACAAACAUGACCUUUACUUUGAACUACAUAUUCCGUCUGGUGGGUUC